CCCCAACCGGCGUCGACUUGACUUCUUGCUCCUCCUCGACAUCCCCCACCCGUGCACGCCAUGCGCCUCGCUCCCCUCGCUGUCCUACUACCCGCCCUCGCGGCCCCUGCCGCCACGGCCUUCCGCCUGCCCUCGCCCGAGGUCGCGUUCGACCUGGCGCACGGGCUCGUCGACGACGUGCUGCAGCACGCUGGCUCCGCCGCGACGGUCCUCUCCCCCGCGGCGGACAUCACGCUCGCGUCCGUUCCCGCCGACGAGCACUACACUAUCACGUCGGCGCUGCACCCCAACCACAAGGUGCGCAUCAAGAGCACCGAGGGGUGGUGUGAUCCCGAUGUGCGGAGCUUCUCUGGCUACCUCGACGUCGGCCACGGCAAGGAGCUCUUCUUCUACUUCUUCGAGUCCCGCUCCGACCCCGCCAACGACCCCGUCAUCAUGUGGAUCAACGGCGGCCCGGGCUGCUCGUCCUCGAUGGGCCUGCUCAUGGAGCUCGGCCCCUGCAGCGUCAAGGACGACUUCAAGACGGUCAACGACACCAAGGUGAACCCGCACUCGUGGAACAACAAGGCGAACAUCUUCUUCCUCGACGAGCCCAUCAACGUCGGCUUCAGCCAGGCCAAGCACGGCCAGGUGGUCUCUACUGCCGAGGAGGCUGGCGUGGACGUUGCCGCGUUCAUCUCCAUCUUCUUCGACACGUUCAAGGAGUUCAAGGGCCGCGAGUUCCACAUGGCCGGCGAGUCGUACGGCGGCCGCUACCUCCCCAUCUUUGCGUCGGCCGUCUACGACCAGAACAAGGAGCUCGUCAAGGCCGGCAAGGAGCCCAUCAACCUGCAGAGUGUGCUCAUCGGCAACGGCAUCACCGACUGGUACGCCACCACCCUCUCCUACUUCCCCUACCAGUGCACCAUCAACGGUAACAUGACCGAGACGGUGCAGUCCAUCUCGGAGUGCGUCCAGAUGGCCGAGGCCGUCCCCAAGUGCGCCAAGAUGGCCAAGGAGAACUGCAUCGACACGCACGACCCGACCAACUGCGGCAUCGCCGAGCUCUUCUGCUCGCUCAGCCUCGGUGCCAGCUUCCAGCGCGCUCUCAAGAACCCCUACGACGUGACCAAGUCGUGCUCGCCCGAGGAGCUCGCCGACUCGCUCUGCUACCCCGAGACCAAGAAGAUCAAGUACUACCUCGACCUUCCUGAUGUCCGCGCUCGCCUCGGCGUCGACAAGGCCAAGGGCCCCUUCGAGAGCUGCGACUGGGGCGUCAACUACGCUUUCAACGCUGCCCAGGACAAUGUCGGCCAGACGUGGCUCUACGUCUCCGAGCUGCUCGAGCGUGGUGUCCGUGUUCUCAACUAUGCUGGUACCCACGACUUCAUCUGCAACCACCUCGCCCAGGAGCCCUGGAUGGCCGCCCUUGAGUGGUACGGCAAGGAGGGCUACAACGCUGCCAAGUUUGAGGACUGGGUCGUUGACGGCGUGCUUGCUGGCUCGUACAAGACCUACGACAACCUGACCCUCCUCAAGGUCUACGGCGCCGGCCACAUGGUGCCGUUUGACCAGCCCAAGCACUCGGCCAUCUUCCUUGACGACUGGCUCACCGCCGUUCGCAAGUAAGGAGGAGUUGGUGGCAUCGGCCACCGACUUGUUACUCGGAGUCUCGGCCCAGUGGCAACAACAAUGGCCACUGGCCGCGUUAGAUUCCGGGCUGCGGGUGAUACCGUGGGAACGGAUCUGCACGCCGCUAUCAGCAUCAACAACCGCCAGUAGAGGUGUUUGUGUUAUGGAGGAAUCCAAGUCUACAAAUGCAAGAUCUCCCUCUCACCUGAGCAUGCUCUACGCUGCGGGGUCCUUGCACAGAGCGCGCACGAUAACGCAUUAUACACCCUGCAUUGUGCUUCAGGGCCCACCAAGUGUGUUUCUCACGAGGACGGACGAGCAAGUGUCCUCCAGGGUCUCGAGGCUAGUAGGUUUUUUUUUUUUGUUGCAUGCUGCAUGUUCAAGGGACG